AUGUCAUCUGAGUCAUCUAGCCUGAGCGCCGAGCAAAUUAGCAUCGCUUGGUAUGGUUGGAUAGGCACUCAAAUUAGCAAUGCUGCUUUCGGUUUUGCUGCAAUACGAGUCUAUGCUAUCAAUGGCUUGCGGUGGAAAAUGGCUGCUGUCGUGAUGGUACUGGGGCUUGUUCCAGUUAGCCAGAAUAUAUACAUCAUUUCCGUCACCUCCUUAAUGUAUACACCCGAUUCCUGCACUCUGUGGACAAGCCUGACAUUCGCGUCUACUAUUGAAUCCAUCCUUAUUUCUCAAGUAUGCCUUGUUCUCUCCAAUCUCCUUGUUGUUGUCGCAACAUGGUAUGCCGCACGCUCCCGCGGAACAAUUGCUUCGUCCGACGGCGGAGGAUCUCUCAUGACUAUACUCAUCCGGGAUGGAAUUGCCCACUUUGCCUCAUUUCCCAGGUUUGCAUCGAGGAUUAUUGGUAACAUGGGGGAGAUGCUUGAGAGCAGCCCUCUCGCUUUUGAAGAUGACUUGGACCACCAGGAGACCGACCUUGAUGACACAAUAAACUCUGAAAGUAGCAACCAUCUGUACUUCGGCGAAGAACCUUCCCCUGGGGCAGAUGAACGUGGAUUGGUGCCUCUGGCCGAGGAAGCUUCUAGUGAGCACGGAGCUUGCGACAAUGUGGUUGAUGAAGAAGAGAUCACUGUGAUCUCGAAUAAUAUUUUAGACCGAGAACAAAGUAAACCGGUCUUUCCGAUUGACAUCAGAGCUGUCAAAUGA